AUGUUUCGUGUAACUUGUGCUGUUCUCUCUCGAUUGUCACCUUCCAAUUCGUCUCGUCAGUGUUACUGUAUCAGAAGAUGUUUCCUUCAUGCUACUAAUUCACUACGCUUUGCUGCUAUUGACAAUGAUGAUAUCAACGACAAAAAAAAACAAGUACGAAAUGAUGAUUUGAAAGUGGACAUAAAGGAUUUGGAAGAGGCUUUGAAAAAGGAUGAAAUGCCGGCAGAUCCCAUGGAAACCAUUCGGAAGUUAAAGGAGCAGAAGAAAGGAAUUCGCGAGAUUUUCACAGGAAAACUGGCAAUGAUUAUUGUUGGUGUCAGUGUUAUUCUAGUUAUCAUUUUGUCAGGUUUGCGAGAAAAGAAAAUGAGAGAACUGGAAAGUGAAAGGAAAAAAACAAUCGGUAAGGCUCGGAUUGGUGGUACUUGGGAAUUGGUCGGCAUGGAUGGUGAAUUAGGAGGAUCUGAACAGCUUAAAGGAAAUUGGCUUUUGUUAUAUUUUGGUUUUACACACUGCCCUGAUGUCUGCCCUGAUUCUAUUGAAAAAAUGGUUGAAGUUGUGGAAAUUCUUGAAAAAAGCGAGGAAAAAAUCAAAGUAAUUCCAGUUUUCAUAUCGGUAGAUCCGGAACGUGAUACAAUUGAAAGAGUGAAAGAAUACUGCGCUGAAUUCUCCCCCAAAAUAAAAGGCUACACUGGUUCAAAGGAACAGGUUGCCAAAGUAGCAAAGGCAUUUCGCGUCUACUACAGUCAAGGACCUAAAAUAGACGGGAAGGAUUACAUUGUUGAUCACACUGUUAUCAUGUACCUGAUGGAUCCAGAUGGCAAUUUUCAUGAUUAUUAUGGUCAGAAUCGUUCUGCACAGGAGAUAGCAAAGGUUAUCAAAUUGAAGGUUUUCAAGCGUGAUAUGCUGAUGGCCUCACCUGCAACACCGAAACAUUAUGUUGUGCGUAUUCCCAAACGCAAUGGAUCUCGACGUUAUUCAAUUUUGAAAUUCAAUGGUACGUUGAAAAUUGAUCCAGGCAAAUGGGCAACGGCCGAUUACAGUAUACGAAUGGCACGUGAAGAUAAUAAAGAACAAGUAGCUGCAAAUGAAAUCCGACAGGACUAUGGCGAGGGUUCCGAAUAUGGUAAAGCAUUGCGAGAAGAAGCACGGCGCAAGAAAUACGGCCGCCAGCUUCAAACCUAUCAGCAUGACAAUCAACCAUGGAUGCUAAGCAUUACAGACUCAAGUGCUAAAGAACGGAAGUUUCGUAGCAUUCGUGAAGGUGGAGCAGGAGAACAUGCAGAUUAUUGGGUAUUUUUAAAAUCAGGGGAAGAAUUUCAUGCUUACAAAGUUGACGAAUGGUAUCAAUUUAUGCCGUUUUCGACUCAUCGGACUCUUGACAUUGAUCAGGCAGAAGAACGGUUUCGUGAGCGAAACCGUGUCAUGAAUCAGUUUGCCUUAAAAGCUCAGAUACAGCAACAGCUGAAAGCUAUGGAUGAAGAUGGUGAACAGAUGAUAAAAACAACGAAAUCACUUAAAAUCAAGGAUGAAGCUAGUUCGGAUGAGAAUUCUGAUGGCGAAAAAGGUGACGACGAAGAUGAUGCUCCUACCGGAAGUUUGAAACCGAAAAAGAGUUUAAAACCUGCUAUUCGAGCCCGGAAAGACAAAAGGCAGCGGGUAGAGAAUGCGGAUGAGGUAGCAGCUUAUGAAAGUGAUGAUGGUGAUGAUGAGGGUCGAGAGUAUGACUACAUGAGUGAUAGUGGCUCAGAAAGCGAUCGAGAUGCAGUUCCUAUGGAACAGAAAGUGGAUGAAGCGAUGGUUGCCGUAGGUGAUGAAACAGGUCUGAAAAAAUUGAUCGGUGAUGACUUUUCUGAUACCGACAGCAGUGAUUUGGACGAUACCACAAAGAAACUUCUUUCUACUGUGGAAGAUGAUGAUGGUGAUGAAAUAAAAAAACAGUUUAUUGAUGUCGAUGAAAGGGAUUCAUCAGGCAGCGAUUCCGAUGAUCCUGAUAAGGAAAUUACCUCCGCAAUUUUCUUACCCGUGAAAAAAACUCCAGAGGAACCGUUAUUGUCAACAAGAAAAAGACCAUUAGAAAAUGCAGCUUUGGCAGACACUGAGGCUAAGAAGAUUAAAACCGAGCAACAGCUUACUACACCAUCAGUACCAUCUACACAACCAGCAGCAAAUCAGGAUGGUCUAAACGAAGAAACAGUGCGACGGUAUCUACGAAGGAAACCUCAUACAACGAAAGAACUGCUUUCUAAAAUUAAGUCAAAAUGUGGUGAUAUGGAAAAAUCGGAAAUAGUGCAAAAGUUGGCUGCUAUAUUGAAGCGAAUAGAACCCCAUCAAUUCAAACAGAAGCAUGGCAAGAAGGAAGUACUGUUUUUCUCAUUGAACAAUAAUCUUGCCUAA